UGCCCGGUCACGUUUCUUCUUCCGGUGGAUGUGUGCGUGUUUUGAUUACUCGUUUAUGGUUUGGGGGUGGGAUUGUUUUCCCUCUAAAUGUGUUUGGUAGCGGUUGUGCGUCAGUAUACUUCUAGAGAUUAUCACACUUUCACGUUGGAUUACACCGAACGAACCAGGGAAGAGCUUCCAAAUUAGGAAGGACUUUCGCGUAGUUGUUUUCCGGUUUCCCGCUCAUUUCGGACGGGUAUGAGUGUAUAAUUAAAAAUCGGCAGGAUACCAGUCAGUGCUCGGAUGCCGGCGGGGUUUACUUUUGUAACACCAGUGUUAUUUUUGUGAUUGAUGGCCCUCGCUGGCGAUACUAGGCUAUCGAUAAUUUGAGUGGUUGAUGGGAAAAAAGUAAUUAGGUUUGAUUUGCGGAGAUCGGCAGGGACUCAAAACGGAUUACGGGACUCGUCACUUCACUGUGCCAAACGAUUUGUGAGAUGUCUUUGUUGAGGGAAUUUAACUGACUCCAUUUAUGGCAAUUGAGCGCUUGUGGAAUGUGGCACCGAGACGCCUCCUUGACAAAGUUACUCAAGACGGAUAAGAAAGCUGAUUAGAGGUGUAAUUUCGCAAAUUGGAGAUUAUUUUUUCAUUUGCGGUGGAAAUCUUCGCACAAAAGAGAAAAAGCAAAAGCCAAAAGCGGUAAAAUGUGCGCCGAGUGUUUGAUGGUGUUUCCGUUGGUGCUAUCAGUUUUUGUGGUUAGCGUUUACGGUGGUUCGUGUCGAGAAGCCACGCUGUGCUGCAAUGGUCGAGAUUCGUCGUGUGUAGUGCAAAAAAUGCUCUCAAAUGCCGCAGCAAAUGAUUUGAACGUGAAACCAUGCUACUGCGAUCAUGCAUGCUUGAAACUGGGUGACUGCUGUUCUGAUUUCAAGGCAUACUGUGGAGUGAUCGAUUGCGUUGUCAGCGAGUGGGGCCCGUGGAACGAAUGCGACACACCCUGCGGUCCCGGAACCACGUCCCGCAACAGAACAGUCCGACAAAAACCACGAAACGGUGGCAAACACUGUCCAUCCUUGUUGCAGAACCGGGGCUGUCUGGGAACGGACUGCCAUGCAACGAGCAACCGACCGGCAUUGCUUCAGGAAACGGCCCUGCUGCUACCGGUGGCGACCUUAUCGUCUAGAAGACACGAAAACUACACAACCAGUAGUGGCGGCGAUGUCAUCCAACGGUUGCAGAUUCGGAAAAACACCUUCCACGCACAUAAACCUACAGAUGGAUACUGCAUCGCUUUUCUAGUUAUGAAGGUGACCAAGCACUGCCACAAAGACCUCAACUACAGGGCACUGCUCGAGGGCGACCGCAUUGUCGUUCAUUGUGAUUUGGAGCCACCGUUUACACAGAAUAUUACUUCAGUCGAGCAGGAUCCUUACGAAAACUACAUUUCAGACGAGUCCGCCGAGGAUGCUGAUGAAAAUGGAAACACUAGCAUAGAUGAUUACGAUAGAAAUUUGCAGCAUCAUAGUAUUAGGAAAGAUUCGCAGCGGACGUUGCCAGAUCGAUGCCUAGGGGAGGGAGUCACUGGUCGAAAUACGCGGUUUGCAUCUCUGGUUCUGCCUUCUUGCCACGGAAAGUGGCUCCGACUAACAACAGCAUUUCCGAAAAAGUGCACCUCCGGCGAGGCGCAGUUUAUCUUCGUCUAAAACAUAACCUCCAAACACCUUCGGGACAGAUGAGCCCGGCGGAAUGGCAGUGUUUGUGUGUAACCGUAUCAGUCAGUGCAGUAUCUAAGGCUGCAUUUCAUUGACAAUAUGGUUUUUUCCCAGGAGCAGAAGCGUACCCGGAGAAGUAACUCCAUCAUGUCUUGCAUAUAAAGGAAAACCACAUGCAUAUGCGUAUGGAAACCGUAAAACAGAGGCAAGCUCAGACCAGCAGACAAACAUUCAACCGUAAUAAAUUAAAAUAAAGCGAGUGAACCCUUAUCCUUACGGAUGUGGCAGGUCGUAAAAUUUGACCAUAAACCAUGAAAGCUUGAAUAACAUGUAAAUAGACUUUUUUCAUUAUUUUCCUUACGAUGAUAUGAGAUUAACAA